GAUUGUUUAAAUUUAUCACACAGCUGAACGUCUCGAGUCGCACAAACAGUUUAUUUAUUUUGUUAACGAGAUUGACGUCGAACAGUCAUGGAAAUCGUAGAUAGAUUGGCAGUCUUUCCAACGACUAGCUCAUACACGAAUAUAAAAUGCCGUUUGGCUUGCGCUCGCAGAGGUCGCGAUUUACUCGCAAAAAAGGUCGACGGUCUCGUGAUUCAAUUUCGUGCGAUCGCGUUGAAAUUAGUCAAAAACAAAUCUCAACUCGGCGAAGUUAUGAGGAACGCGGCCUUCUCGUUAGUUGAGGUGAAUUAUGUGACAGGUGGUGUGAACGAGCUGGUCCUACAGAUGGUUGACAAGGCCAGACUCAGGAUUCACUCUGUACAAGAGAUUAUCGGCGGGGUUCGUCUUUGGACGUAUGAGCCCUUUCGUAGCGGCGCCGAUCCCUUCGAAUUCGCCGGAUUGGCGAGAGGCGGUCAACAGUUGGCUAAAUUAAAGAAGAAUUACGGGAAAGCAAUAGAGCUGUUGGUCGAGCUGGCGUCGCUACAGCGCAACUUCCAGAUUCUGAAUCAAGUAAUCAGGGAGACCAAUCGUCGCGUGAACGCUCUCCGACACAUCAUUAUACCUCGGUUAGAACGCACUCUCUCGUACAUCGUCACCGAACUUGACGAGUACGAGCGAGAAGAAUUUUAUCGGCUCAAGAGGAUACGAGAAUGUAAGAUAAAACAAUGUAAGGGAAAAUUCUCCCAACGCAAUCCGGUUCAAGAUUUGCACGCAUUUGAUAACACAGAUGAGGAUCUUCUUUUUUGAUAUUACAACCAGAGAGUUAAAACUUGAAAUGCGUGCGACUUAUUGGAAUACGUGCUUCCAAGUAUGUUUUUCCAACGAUUGAUGAAUUUUUGCGAAGGAAGAAGCUCACAGCAACGCUACUGUCUUGUUUACAUUAACAAAAGUUAUCAUUUCGCGCUCAAAUUAGAAAAGAAAGAAGAAAAGUAUUAUCUUGUAAUAAAUUUGAUCAUUAAAACGAUGGAAAGAGAGAGAAAAGGACCAGACCAGCUAUAAGCAAGAAACGUAAGAAACCAAAUGAGAGAACGAGAUAGAAAGUGAGAAUAAAGAGGGGAACCCAGGGCCCAAUUAUACCAAGAAAAUACAGCCCAUAA